UUUGUCAUUUGGCACAAGAUUUGAAAGUUACAUUCAUAAAAUUCCAAAAAUAUGAAAAAACAGAUUGUUAAGGAGUUCAUAACUGUGAAGAAGGUGCGAUAUUUGCCAAGAGAGGAGCCACCACCGCCUCCACCGCCACCACGCCGAGUGCUCAUAGUGGGUCGCUGUACCUUGGAUGUCAUCAACAUAUGCAACGAGCAGCCAAAGCCCGGCAUCAUCGAGCGCACCGAUGAGGGUUUCUGGCGGCUUGGCGGCUAUGCCCCGAAUACAUGUUGCGUCCUGCGGCGUUUGGGCACCACCUGCGAGUUUCUCGGUCAGCUGACCAAGGUGCCCGCUUUCGAGAGCCUAACGAACAGCUUCCAGGCCAUGGGCAUAGAGAUUUCCAAUUGCCCGCGUACCAACCAACAGCCGCCGCAUCGCAUCAUCGUCGCAGUGCGCGGCAAGGCUCAGCAGUCGACCGUGGAGUACACGAAUCAUUCACAUGAGCUCACCUAUCAGCAAUUCGUGGGCGCCGUUGACUACCGCCAAUACUGCUGGAUACACUUCGAGUUGCGCAAAACCGGAGAGACCAUCCGCAUGGUGCGCGCUGUGCGUGCAUACAAUGAACGCAGUCCCGACGCUUACAUUGUGCUGUCUGUGGACCUGGCCGACAUGAAGCCCCAGAGCUGUCUCAUGGCCGCCUUGGCCGACUAUGUGCUCAUCCGCAAACAGCUUAAGGUGGACAACGGCUACAUGAAUGGCCGAGAAACCGUGUGGGCAGUGCGCGACGUGAUGGAUGUCGCACGCAGGCGAUGGCAGAGUAAGCAGCCAAAGAAGAGUCCAUACAUAACUGAGGAAAUACCAGAGCUGGAUCCGGUUACGUGCAGAAAGAUAACAUCUCACCAGCCGAUUAUAAUAUACAACAACUAUGAAGAGGGCGCCAGUUGCCUAAUGCCCGACGGCAAGUACUUCAAAGUGGGCCCACACAAGCCGCAAAAGAUCGUCGAUGCCAUUGGCGAGGAGGAGACCUUCGUGGGCGCCUUCAUCUAUGCCAUGCAGGGGGACAAGAUGUCAAUGCGCGAUGCCAUUGAAUAUGCCACACGAGCUGCCUGCUUCAAGGUCUCCAUAUAUGGCUUUGAUCAAAUGCGCUGCAUGCCCAAGGAUCUAGUGGCGUGCUAUCACGCCUGAUGCAAUGGGUGUACCUAAGAAAUGUUUGUUAAAAAAUUGUAUGAAUGGAAAAGCAAUGCAUUUUCGAUUGUUGGUGAAUCGUAGAAUCGACAUAGAUAGCGACACUCAUUUCGGAAGUCGGCAAUCAAGUGGGGCAUAUUGAUGUUUAGCUGGUUAAUUAUCAACCCAAUUCGCGUCGAUAAGAAACGGUAAACACCUGAACAGGGAUCAGAUAAGGUGUAAAAGAACAUUCUUCGACUGACUAACAACUAGAAUUUCAUUACCAUAAGCAAACAAAUUGUAACCCCCAAUCUGGCAUCGGAAAUGAGCUGAUAAAUUCAUAGCCAGUCUGCUUUUAGUGCCAUAAAAGUGGAGCCGAUAUCAAAGGUGUGAAGCAU